UCACGUCCUCACCCCACACGCACACGGAGUCACGCCGUCACGGACACGCUUGCGGCUUGCCCCCAGGUUUCUUCCCGUUCAAACGCGCAGAACACCCGUCAUAGGCCAAGACCCCAGUCCGUGAGGGGAACGGGGGAAAAAACUCGAGAGAUUCAAAACCUUCCAAAACCCUCGCCACUCGCCGCCGUCGCCGCCAUGGACCGUGCCCCGCCGCGCGGCGCGCCCCGCGACGCUGUCGGCCAGCGGUGGCUCGCCGUCUUCGCCUUCCAGGCCGCGCUCUCGGCCGCCGCUUCCGCGCUCCGCCUCGCGGUGUUCCCGCGCGGCCGCAGCCACCCACUCCUCGGCGUCCCCACCGGCCUCCUCCUCGCGCUCGACCCGUUCCUCUCUUGCGCCGCCACGGGGCUCCUCGCGCUCGCGCUCCUCCUCACCGAGUCCCCGCACCCGCGGCCUCCCCCGCUGCCCCGGAGCGCUCUCGCGACCGCCCUCCUCGCCGCGGCAGGCACGCUCUGCGUGGGCGCCGCGGCGGCGAUGCUACCCGAGGACGCCGGGUGGGAGGCCGUCGCUUGGCUCGGGUUCCGAGGCGCCGUGCUUGGGUCCAUCUUCGCCGGGCACUAUUUUGGCCGUCGGAGGUGGUUGCUCCAGUUCCCCGUCUUGCAGCGACCUCUAUUCUAUGGAUUGAAGAUGGGUCUCCUACCAUCUGGAAAUAGGGCUCUAAAGUUAUCAAUCCAGGCCUUCCUCAUUUCCCAUUUCCUAGUUUUCUUUCUUCCUUGGCAAUUCAGAAAGGGAGGUUCUGUUAUACUUACUGAGAUCAGCAUUUUAAUGGUGACUGCUGCUGUUUCCUUCUGUUUGGAAAUAAACUAUCAGUUUGUCCAGGUCGUACAUACAAGGAGGUGCAGUUUUGCUCCACCUCAGAGCACUGCCGCUGCAGAGACUAACCCCACUGAAUUUAUCCUGGAAACUUUGGAACAAAGUGAUUCACGAUCAUUGAUACAAUAUCUUGCUUACCAAGAUUUGUGUGUGGUAUCUGAGUGUAAUGUGGAACCGUGGCGCAGAGCUGCUUUCUUCGAGGAAUCUGGUGAAACUUAUAAAAGAAUUGUGACAGCUUGUCUGAAGCCACUUGAGGAGUUUACUUCAAAAAUUGCUGAAGCCCUUGAAGGUUUAUCUAGUGAUAAGCCAGAACUGAUGCUCCAACAGUCCAAACUCUUUAGUGCAUUUGAUGAUUCCCAGAUAUGCACAUGGUGUGCUCGGACAUUGGCAGUAUUAACUGCACGCUCACGCCAGGAGGAUCGAUAUGGUGUUGCUCAACUCACUGGCUGCAAUGCUGCUGUGAUGACAACGUUGCUGUCUGCCCUAGUAGCAAUUGAGACAUGUUUAGGAAAGAAAACAAACCCACAGCCUGUGCACUCACUGGGUCCUGAAAACAUUAGGUGGGCUAGCUUGUCCACAGGACGAAAAGGCACUGGAGUUUCAAUUGCAAGCACACAAAAAGGUGGCCUGCACAAGAAAGCUUAUACCAUGGCAGAUGUUCUUCGGACUUCUGUUUAUCAGAUAGUUUCAGCAUUCAUUGAUGACCUGCGAGCUAAUGCAAAACCAUCCAGCUUGGAGAAGAACUGGAUCAGUGAAGGGAGAAAGCCUGUGUAUGGUUCACAAGCCGUGUUGGUUCAGAAGUUGAUUCUGUUUAUUGAGUACCGUGCUGUAUGAACUUGGCUCCAUGUCUCUCAGAUCCUUACCCAUCAGAUCAUACUUGGAUGGAAGUGUUUGGUUUUUAGAACUUGGUUCAAGGACCGUUGCUUUCCACCAGAACCUAUGAAGAUGGAUCCUAAAUUAACAGUUUCUCAAGAUGAACUUUGACUUAUGUAUUCCUGUGGACUGCUGCACUGCUGAAGGCACCGCCGCUCUCGGAGUGGAUAACCAUUAUCCACUCAGGCCUUGCUUCUAUUCUGGUUAUCCACUCAGGCCUUGUUUCUAUUCUGAAAUUGUAGCCUGAAAGUUGAAUAGAGCCACCUGUAUGUUGUAUCAUGAAGAGGAAAUCUGAAAGACAUGCGAUUUUUUAUAUCGACUUAUCAGAUUUAUGACACGAACUGUUAGUACUCAGGUUUUAGCUGCAACUUCAAACGAGAGGCACAUUCAAGGUUUUCCUUUAUUUGGUGGGAUUAGUAUUGCCAGGUUUCUGGUUUGUAUGCUCAAAAGGUUUGAAUAGGUUCCAGUUUUUUUCCCAGUUAACCAGUAGCAAUAUCCGCGUAGACUUGAAAGUUGAAACUUCUUUUUUCCAGA